CCUUUUUUCAUGCUGCAAAUACAAGUACACAACCAACUGCUUCAACCACAACCACCACCUUGUGCAUUAAACCCCCACAUCCCUCAGUUCCACAAAAUCUAACAUAUUUGUUUUCCCCUUUCCUCUCAAUACUCUCUGCAAUUCUCUGACUCCAACCUUGCCAUUUUCUAGUCUUAGAUUUUGGUUAUGAUUAUAAAUGUUUUAUUUUGGUGUUAACUAAGCUGGUUUCACUAAAUUUAGAAAUUUAAAGUAGCAUUGCUUUUUAUUUUUUGAUGCAUGAAAGUAGCAUAUUUUUGCAAACCUUUCCUUCUUAGGGAACUUAUGCUUAUAACGUAAAUGUAGAGCCUGAUUGUGAAUGUUUCCUUCUUGUGUACUUUUACAAUGGAUAUAUGGAAUAGUUGGUGGGUUUUGCAAAUUAUGCAGUUGCUGGGUUUGUUCAGUUUUUGGAUCUCAUUUGCCAAGUUUAGAACUUUAUUCUCAAGAGCUUUUGGUUAUGGUCACAAAGUUGUUAAGGGUGACUACAGUACCUGGAUCUUUGGUUCCUUCAAUGGGUUGGUCACAGUUGGUUCUUUCAUAUUCUUCCUUUUGGUCCUUUCCUGGGCUUAUUUAUAUGCAUUUCCCAGUUCUCCCUCAGUGGUUCAGAGUUAUAGUGAGAUUCCCAACAGUUCUCACUCACUUGCUCAGAGUUAUGAGAUUCCCAACAGCUCUCAGUCUUUUGUUCAGAGUUAUGAUGAGAUUCUAAAAUCCAAUGUUUCAAAGAACACAUGCAAUGUGUUUGAAGGAAGUUGGAUAAGGGAUGAUAUCUACCCUUUGUAUGAUGCUUCUCACUGCCCUUUUGCUGAGAGGGGUUUUAAUUGCCUUGCUAAUGGGAGAAAAGAUAGGGGUUACACAAAAUGGAGGUGGAAACCCAAGAACUGUGAUAUUCCAAGGUUUGAUGCCCGUAGAAUACUUGAACAACUUCGUGGGAAAAGGGUGGUUUUUGUUGGGGACUCGUUGAGUAGGACGCAAUGGGAGUCCAUGAUAUGUUUGCUAAUGACAGGAGUUGAGAAUAAGAAGAGUGUGUAUGAAAUCAAAGGCAACAAGAUCACGAAACAGAUAAGGUUCUUAGGUGUGAGGUUUAGUUCUUUUGAUGUUAGAAUCGAUUUUUAUCGAUCAGUAUUCCUGAUGCGGCCUGGUUCCGUGCCUAAACAUGCAUCCCAAAGGGUGAAGACAACACUGAGAUUGGACAAGAUGGAUGAUAUUAGCCAUGAAUGGAUUGAUUCUGAUAUUCUUAUAUUCAAUUCAGGUCACUGGUGGACAAGGACCAAGCUUUUUGACAUGGGCUGGUAUUUUCAGGUUGGUAACUCACUGAAGCUUGGAAUGCCAAUUAAUUCAGCUUUCAACACAGCUUUGCACACAUGGGCUUCUUGGGUAGAGAAUACAAUUAACACAAACAGAACAAGAGUAUUCUUCCGCACCUUUGAAUCAUCACAUUGGAGUGGACAAAACCAUAAUUCUUGCAAAGUGAGUCAAAGGCCUUGGAAGAGAACAAAUGGCAAGGAUCGAAGCCCAAUUUCAGAUAUGAUCAACAAAGUUGUGAAAAAUAUGAGUGCCCCUGUAACGGUUCUUCAUGUUACACCAAUGACUGCAUACAGAAGUGAUGGACACGUGGGCACUUGGAGUGACAAGCCAUCAGUGCCUGAUUGUAGCCAUUGGUGCUUACCGGGUGUUCCUGAUAUGUGGAACGAAAUUCUCCUCUCAUAUUUGCUACCAAAUUAGAAUGAGAGGUAUCAACGGGUUAGUUUUUGUAACAUUUAAGCCAUGUAGCUUAGUACUCAAUUGUACUCAAUGGUAAGAAAAUGUGACCAAUGUUGAUCUGAAAUGAUUGAUGUUUACUAAAAGAGUGAUGUAAAAUAAUUGGCAUUCGCAAAAAAUUGAUGCCAGGGCAAAAAUGUUGCUGUGCGAUUAAGGUAUUCAUUUACGCAGUA